AGAAAUGCUCUUCCGUCACCAAUUCCCACAAGCAACUGAUUGACGAACGGGCCAAGCAAUCGGGGCCCCGAAUUCCACUCCGAAUUCCGAUUCCCUUCGAACUUCGUCCGAUCAAUCCAUCGCCUUCGCCGCCUCUCUCUCCCCUGCGAUCUCGAAAUCUCUCCGUGAGCGACUCCUACUCCUAGGAACCCUCCACGAUCAAGCCAUGUACAGCAACUUCAAGGAGCAAGCGAUCGAGUACGUGAGGCAGGCGGUCCAGGAGGACCGUGCCGGGAACUACGCCAAGGCGUUCCCGCUCUACAUGAACGCGCUGGAGUACUUCAAGACUCACCUGAAGUACGAGAAGAACCCCAAGAUCCGCGAGGCCAUCACCCAGAAGUUCACCGAGUACCUCCACCGCGCCGAGGAGAUCCGCGUCGUCCUCGACGACGGCGGAGGCGCCGCCUCCAACGGCGACGCCGCGGUGGCUUCUCGGCCCAGCACGAAGCCCAAGGAUGGCGGCGAGGGCGGGGACGAUGCGGAGAAGGAGAAGCUCCGAGCCGGUCUGAACUCCGCGAUCGUGAGGGAGAAGCCGAAUGUGAAGUGGAACGACGUCGCGGGGCUCGAGAGCGCCAAGCAGGCGCUUCAGGAGGCCGUCAUUUUGCCGGUCAAAUUCCCUCAGUUCUUCACCGGGAAGAGGCGGCCGUGGAGGGCAUUUCUUUUGUAUGGUCCACCCGGAACAGGGAAGUCAUAUUUGGCAAAAGCUGUGGCAACAGAAGCAGACUCCACCUUUUUCAGUGUUUCUUCUUCAGAUCUGGUAUCAAAGUGGAUGGGUGAAAGUGAGAAGUUAGUUUCCAAUCUUUUUCAGAUGGCUCGUGAGAGUGCUCCUUCAAUUAUCUUCAUUGAUGAAAUAGACUCUCUAGGUGGCCAACGUGGAGAAGGAAAUGAGAGUGAGGCUUCUAGACGUAUAAAAACAGAAAUUCUAGUCCAAAUGCAGGGUGUUGGAAACAAUGAUGAGAAAGUUCUUGUCCUGGCAGCAACAAAUACUCCUUAUUCUCUUGAUCAGGCAAUUCGGCGGCGCUUUGACAAGCGCAUAUAUAUUCCCCUACCGGAUGUUAAGGCUCGGCAGCACAUGUUUAAGGUGCACUUAGGAGAUACUCCUCACGGUUUAGCUGAAAGUGAUUUUGAGAGCUUGGCUCACAAGACAGAGGGAUUUUCGGGUUCAGAUAUAUCCGUUUGUGUCAAGGAUGUCCUCUUUGAGCCUGUUCGGAAAACUCAGGAUGCCAUGUUUUUCAUAAAGACUUCAAAUGGAAUGUGGAUGCCAUGUGGACCAAAGCAAGAAGGUGCUGUUCAAAUCACCAUGCAGGAGCUGGCAGCCGAAGGGCAAGCUGCUAAGAUUACUCCACCACCGAUCUCGAGAAGGGAUUUUGAUAAGGUGCUUGCAAGACAAAGGCCAACCGUGAGCAAAACUGACCUCGAGGUUCAUGAGAGAUUCACAAGGGAGUUUGGUGAAGAAGGUUGAUCGUGUUUUGAUUGAUUUAAUACCGAAAGCAAGCUUGAUCACCUGGAUUUGUAUGUAAUCGAUACUCGUCAAUCCCCGUACCAUCAAAUUUCAUUUUUGCUUCUGCAAUCUGGCCUAUGAUUUGCUCUUCCCAUUUUCUGUAGUCACAACCGCUGAGUUUACCUUUUUUCAAAGUGCUUCUAUUAACUCGCAGAAAAAGUAAAUCAAAAAGGUUGUCGUCGG